GUCCUCAUCCAUACAUCAUAGUGAGACCAUUUACUGUUCUUAACAGUUGAUGAAUGUUGACACAAUCAAGACAUAAUUUUUGCUAAAUUUAUUUUUCUAAAUAAAAGGUAUGGUCAUCUUCAUCAUUCACUACCAUUAAUUAACAAAAAACAGCAUUGGUUUCCGACGGCGGAUAUGGUGAAUAUUCCGGUCAAGUUCAGGCGGAUAGCUGCGGCGUUUGACGACGCAGCUAGGGCGGCGCGCUCGUGCGACAGCAGCAGCGGCAGCGACCACUCCGCCGCGGAUUUGUCCGUUCUCGUCAACUCCUUUCUCGAGAGAGGAAUCGGAGAAUUGCGAACCGCCUCCGACGAAUUCGACGAGGAUAUUUCCGAUGAUCGGAAUCGGACGAAUGGUGACGAUGACGAUGAAUCUGAUCGUCGGAGCAACGUCUCUGAUUUUGAUUUUCGAAAUUCUCUGGAGAAGCUGUUUGAUGAGGAGAAUCUCGACCGCACCACCAGAAGCCUCCGAUCAGCGGUGGAGACGGCGUUGCCGGAAGUCGCUGCCGCCGGAGAUUUUAAACGGCGGCUGAUGUCCUGGCUGCGCAACCGCGGCUUUGAUGCCGGGCUCUGCAAAUCGAAAUGGGAGAAAAACGGCAACCGCCCGUCGGGGGACUACGAGUACGUCGACAUCAACGCCGGCGGCAAUCGCUUCAUAGUAGAAGUAUUCCUCGCCGGAGAGUUCACAAUCGCCCGUCCGACGAGCGGCUACGCGUCGCUGCUCGAUGCCUUCCCGACGAUCUUCGUCGGCAAACCCGACGAACUGAAGAAGAUUGUGAAGCUCAUGUGCAAAGCCAUUAAGAAGUCGAUGAAGAGUACAGACCUGAAAUUGCCGCCAUGGCGUCGCCUUUCCUACACGCAGAUCAAAUGGUUUGGACCUUACAAGCGAACCACAAACCAAAUUCCGACGACGACGGCGACCUUCAUGAACGACAACCGAGGGAAUACCUUGGUAGGAUUUGAACCGCCGCCGGCGCCACUGUUUUCAAAUCCGAUGCACUGCAGGGAGGAUUUUACGGUCGCCGCCGGCCGGAUUGGCGUCGGAAAUUUGGCUAUUGUGUUAAACAAUAAAGAUAGGGUUUAAAUGCAUGUUGCAUGCCAUCGUCUCUUCGUCCGAUAUGUAACAUAGUAAUUUAUUAUGGAAAUUAGUAUAAUGUACAAAAUCAAUUAUUUUUUGGAGAAGAUUAU